GGAGCCAGUCCCACAGUUCUAGUCAAACCAAGCAUUCUGUGAGUGCAGUGUGUUGUUGGGGAGUUUUUGUGAAGACAGCAGCGAGAGAAGGAGAGAGAGAGAGAGAACCACCUCCUCCCUCUCUCUCCUGGACCCGGGGAUGUUGAUAUGCGUUCCAUGGAUUCAAAGACUCUCGGUUUGUUGGUGGGUCUAGGACUGGCUUGUCUAGCGUGGGUCUCUGUCCGAGCUAACGACCAAUGGCAAGAACGGUUCAAGGUGGUCUUCACGCCGACCAUCUGCCAGCGGACUUGCCUGAAGGGUCAGUGCCAAGACAGCUGCCAACUGGGUAACACUACCACCCUGAUCAGUGAGAAUGGACAUGUUGCUGAUACCCUGACGGGUUCUGGCUUCCGAGUGGUGGUGUGCCCGCUCCCCUGCAUGAACGGAGGGCAAUGCAGCUCCAGGAACCGAUGCCACUGCCCGUCCAACUUCACCGGCAAGUUCUGCCAGAUUGCGGUCAGCGGGCAGGGCCAGCCUCACCAGCCGCAGGCAGGCGAGCAGCUCCCAGACAAGGCCUCUGAAGCCUACAAACAUUCGGUCUUCACCCUCCAGCUCACCCCGGACUCGCAGGGUCCCGGGGACCAUUCCCCGGGUAAGUACAGCUACGGAAUCGUGAGUUCUAGAGGACCUCAUCACAGACCGGAAGCACAGCCACAGCCUGUCAUAAACCUGCACGUCAAGCAUCCUGCGGAAGCCAUGGUGCAGAUCCACGGGGUCUCCAGCCUGGGCAGCUACCUGGGAGAGCAGAAGAACCUACUGCACCAGCCGAUCCUGGUCCACCACCAACCCGUGCAGAAGGUCAACCAUUACCCACCCAGGACCCUCCCCACCUCACAGAAGAAACUGGGCCGCUGCUUUCAGGAAACCUUGCCAAAGAUGUGCAGUAAGCCACUGCCGGGUCUGACCAAAGAGGAAGAUUGUUGUGGAAGUGUGGGAGCGUCCUGGGGGUUCAGUAACUGCAACAAGUGUCGUCACCAGCACCACUUGGCUGACCCAAAAACUGGCAUCAGCAGUGGGGUGGAAUGCCCCCAAGGCUACAAGAGACUCAACAGCACCCACUGCCAAGAUAUCAACGAGUGCUUGAUCCAGGGAGUCUGCCAGAAUGCAGAGUGUCUCAACACACAGGGGAGCUUCCGUUGUGCUUGUAAGCCUGGCUUCGUGAUGGGUCCAUUGCGGACGCACUGUAUCGUGAUGGAGAAGCCUGCUGAGAAGGGACCAUGUUACCUGCUGGUCAAUGCUGACGAGGGCUGUACCUACCCUCUGCGUGGGGAGCUGACCAAACAACUCUGUUGCUGUACAGUGGGCAAGGCUUGGGGUUCCAGCUGUGAUCCCUGCCCUAACCCCGGAGCUGCGGAAUUCCAGGAGACGUGCCCGGCCGGAAUGGGUUACCAUUUCUCCAGCUCCCACCAGAAGAUCAGCAUCCCGCCUGGCAGCAAUAUCCUGCUCCGUAUCGAUCCUGACGGCAAGGCCCGGAUUGUCCAAGUGCCGGUCACUAUGCCUCCCGCGGCCACGCCUGAGGCAGAUCCCAAGGAUAACGUCGAGGCUUCCACAGUUGCGAUGUUACCCACUUUCAGUCUCAGGGAGGAAGCGUUCUCAGCCAGUUUCAUCCCCUUUGCAUCAAGAUUUCCGGUAGAAUUGGAAACACGACCUACAACCCCUGCAAUUAAGGUACCUGCCCCGCCUCAGCCCAUGGAGUUUGGCCCUUCCCAAGUCAUCGAAAUGGACACGUGUAAAGUGGAUCAGGGGAUCUGCGGGCAUGGAGUGUGUGUCUAUGACCCGUCCGGGUACACCUGCGUCUGCCACACUGGCUACCAGCUUCAUACCCAUAUCAAACACUGCGUGGAUGUGAACGAGUGUGAGGACAAUCCCUGUGGGGCCAGAAAAGGCGAGUGCAUCAACUACGUCGGUACCUACAGCUGCCGCUGUUACCGAGGUUACCAGUUACAGGAACUCCCGGAGGGCAGCAUCUGUGUCGAUGUCAACGAGUGUGCGGAUGGUCGCUUAUGCACCAACGGACGAUGUCUGAACACCGAAGGCUCCUUCUACUGUCACUGCCAAUCCGGGUAUCGCCCAGUCAGCCAUCAGACAGCCUGCGAAGAUAUUAAUGAAUGCAACAAUCCGAAUACCUGUCCACGGGGCAAAUGCAAGAAUAAACCUGGAACGUAUGAGUGUGUUCCCUGUCCAGAGGGAUACCGGAGUCAGGCUGGAGAGUGUUACGAUGUUGAUGAGUGCCUUGACCGAUCCUUCUGCUUAAACGGAAAAUGUGUCAACACAAAGGGAUCAUACAGCUGUACCUGUAGCAAAGGAUUUAAACCUGCACCUGAUGGAAAGAGCUGCCAAGACAUUAAUGAGUGCAGUGAUGGGCAGCUCUGCGCCAAUGGCCGCUGCUUGAACACAGAGGGGUCCUUCCAAUGUCGCUGUCGCCCUGGCUAUCGCCUGUCUAACCAUCAGACUUCCUGCGAAGAUAUCAACGAGUGCUUGGAGGUAGCAGGGGUCUGCAACAAUGGAGAGUGUGUCAACAUGCCAGGAUCCUAUACGUGCCAAUGUCAUCUGGGUUUCCAACUGUUUGAUGACACAAGGUGUAAAGAUAUCGAUGAGUGUGCCUUGAACCGCUCGCUAUGCAUGCCGAACGGCGCCUGUCAGAACACAGAGGGCUCAUUCUCCUGCGUUUGUGACACUGGCUUCAUCCUGUCGCUGGACACAUACACUUGCGAAGAGCCCGAGAGGCCCGAAGACAAGAAGGAGUGUUACCUCAGCCUCGAUGACACGAUCUUCUGCGACAGCGUCCUUGCAACCAACAUCACAAAGGAGGAGUGCUGCUGCUCCCUAGGGGCAGGUUGGGGCGACCACUGUGAGAUCUAUCCCUGCCCUGUGCACAGCACAGCUGAAUUUCAGUCUCUCUGUCCAGACGGGGAGGGAUUCCUGGUGACCGACGACAAUCUGUUUGGAGUGGGGCUUCCAUCAUACAGAGACAUUGACGAGUGCACGCUGUUCGGCCAGGAGAUCUGCAAGGAAGGAUUCUGCAUGAAUACCCAGCCUGGCUUUGAGUGCUACUGCAAGCAAGGCUUCUACUACGAUGGGGCCCUGUUUCAGUGUUUGGAUGUGGAUGAGUGCCAAGACGUUCAGAGCUGCCCCAGCGGAAGAUGCAUCAACACCAAGGGGUCCUUCACCUGCCACUGCCCUCCACCAAUGACCUUUGACAAGGUGAAGAGGCGUUGCGUGCAGCCAGUGGUCCUUAUCGACCGGGCAGACACGGACCGCGACCUCUGCUGGAAGCAUAUCAGCAAGGAUUACACAUGUAGUCAACCUCUGUACCAGACCACUUUCUCGGAGUGUUGCUGCCAGCACGGGCAGGCCUGGGGAAUGGACUGUCGCAUGUGCCCCAUGAGAAUGUCAGCCAGCUUCUCUCACCUGUGCAACAUAACACGAUGGGUUCCGAAUGUGCGGCCAGGCCGAGGGGUGGAUCCGAGACAGAAUGAACAGAUGGACGUUUCACAGAGUAGCGAUGAUAACAGUUCUGAUGAUGACUCCGAGGAAUGUUCCUGCAGGCAUGGAAGAUGUGUCCGGGGACGAAACAGGUGUGAAUGCUACAAAGGCUUCCAGCUGGACAGCAGUGGGAAAUGCAGAGAUAUCAAUGAAUGUCGUGAGUUACAUCGCAAGCGGUUCCUCUGCAAGAAUGCACGUUGCAUAAAUACCAUUGGAUCGUACCGGUGUACCUGCUAUCAGGGCUUUGUGCCUACGAGGCGCCACAACAUCUGCAUACGCCGGAAGAUGAGUUAGGCCGCAGGGCGGGCAACGCAUCAACAAAAGAUUAUCCUCGUCGUCCAUAUUUUGGCCUGCCAAUCCUCAAAAGGAAAUACUUAUCAAAUAUUAACAUUGAAAAUACCUGUUUUAAUUUUUGGAAACACCAUUUAAUAUUUUGAAAAAAAAUGGGAAAGACACCUAAUUUUACUGUUAUCCCAUUUCAUACCCACAGUUCGUGGAGUUUAUUUGUCCAAUUUGUCUUUUAUAUUGAUUGUGUUUUCUAAAAGAAAAGUGGGAUUUGACACACUCAAUAUGGCGGCUACUUAGAAAACAUGGACACUAUUGUUUAUAGGAUAAACCAAAGAACUGCAGGACACUCAAUGUGGUGACAUGUAUCUUUAUCUCGAGGAG